AUGGGCAAUGCAUCUAGCCCCCGCGCGGCAGAGGCGGAGUUCCAGAACAGGAUCCAGUCCCAACUGCAGGAGUUUAGGGACUGCAAGAUACGGGAGCUUAAGGACCGGAUCCAUGGGUUGCGAAAGGAUUUUUUGGACAGGGCCCAAGCCCUUCACCAGGACUUCCGGCUCUGGCGCGAUGGGCGUAUAUCGUUGUUCUACACGGUCGACGACGAUGAGUUUCGUAUUGGAGAUAUCACGCAGCUUGAAAGUGAGUUCGAGGCCAGGGCCAUUGCCAUUGGACGCGAGUUCUCGAACUCGUUUGAAGGUCAAGCUGAUGCAAGUACAUACGCUGGCGAGCUUCGAGCUGAGUUACACGGCAUAGCCACUCAGACCGAAGGUGAGCCCCCGCUGGAAGAUCAGCAUGAACGCGAACUUCGUGACUUCAACCUCAGAUGUGAACGGCAUUCGGGGCGCUCUCACAAUCCACUUGUGCGAGAGAUCGGAGGUGCCGCCUUGUCGCUCUUGCGGAUGUUCGUGGUUGGGAGCGAAAGGCUUGUAUGGGCGUUCCACAAGGAGCGUCGUCGUCGAAAAAUGCUCCAGCGCAGCAGUAGGCAACUUGCAGGAGAGUUUUUGGACAUGGCCAUUCGGCUUCAAGAGUCUGUCGAGAGCAACGCAUCGAUGUUCGACGAUGAUGGGCAGCUGAACAAGCAGCUUGUGCAAGAGCUCUCCGACGGGGCCGCUCAGCUUUGGCGGGAGUUCCGUGACAGAAGCGAGUUGCUUCUACUGGAGUUCCACUCCGGGAGCGAGAGGUUUAUAUCGAAAUUCUGCAGCCAGGUCAUUCUUGACAGAGUUCUCCAGGAGAGCAGGCAGUUAGCGACAAGGCUUCUGGUCCCAGUACCGGAAUUCCACCGUGUCCAAAACGAUGGCCAUCCUUUGAAGUUGCUUCAAGCCGAGAUCAAGAGGCUUGUACACAUGUUCGAGUACAUCACUCGUGUUCGACCAAAGAUCCGCACUUUACCUUUAUGGGAGAACGCGUGCGGACACAAUUGUGACGCUCGCACUGGCGUCGGCUUGUGGGUCGUCAUUGCCGUGGGCGUCAACCGGGAAAAGGUACAGCAUGCGGAAGAUGAAGCUCGCGAGUUCGCGGACCUUGGUGAUAGGCAUGGCUUGUGCGACGAAAGCAGGUCGUUUAUCUGCACCGGCGGAAGCAAGGAGGACGUUCUCAAUACCCUCAAGCGUGGCAUAGCCAAGCUAAAGUUGUUUCGCAAUGCCAAGCUCAUGAUAUUCGUUGCUGGUGAAGGGCAUGCAACGUAUGACGCGGGCGCCCUGUUGGAGGCGAGCGACUCUGACCCAGAAUUGUCCAAAACAUGGGUUCAGGUGGAGACUGAGGUGCUUCGCAUGCUUCAGGAACAGGAGAUCUUCAAGGCAGAGGUGGUCAUGUUUUUGAGCCUUUGCCGAGUGUCGUUCACUCCCCGCAGAGUGGAUGAUGUGCCGGACCAUAUAGACGAGCCUCUGCCAACAAGUCCGGGCAUACAUUGCGUGAAAAUCUACGGCUGCAAGUGGAACCGCCAGUUGGAAGAUUUUUCGUUCAUCCCGAGGGCGCUGGAAGUUUUCUUGGUACGUGGAGCUGCGGAUGUUUCCGUGCUAACGACAUGGAUGUUGCCUGAUCUGUAUUGGUUGACCUUGCGCAAAGUAGAGAUGGAUGUCGUGGAAGAUUGUGCACCAACACCAACCCAUCCCAUUAUGUUCUUCGCUGCACCUAAGCGGCCGUGGGUUCCACUGCAGCCGCCCUGGAACGAGGAAGCGAUUGACGAUCUUUGCGACUCAACCUUCCUGCUUGCUCGACAUAUCGGUUUUUUGGCUUGCCAUGCACUGGAGAAGCACUACCUGAAAGCGCGACACGAUGUGCUUCGCAUUGCCGAAAGGCUCCGGGGCCUAAGCAGUGUCCAGCGAGUUGAAGAUUUGAACCUCGGCGACCUUCCCCGUGACGUGCUGGAGCCAAUGGCUGAUGCAUUGGUCAAGCAUGUGCACGAGGAGGAAGCCGAUGUCGACCCGCACCAAGUUGUCGAGGAAGUUCGGCGCCUGGUGGACCAGCUCCAGCAGUACCUUUCAGUAUAUACGUUGCAAGAGCUCUGUGAAGACUACGAAGACUACGAAGAAGCACAACAGCACCCGCAGCAUCUGACGGCUUUCGUGGCAAUGGGUGUAAGCAGCCGAAGUGCGCCUGAGCCUCCAGAAAGGAGGCAGGAGAUGGCGCACGAAAUUUUCAGGCUGGCCGACAAGUACAAAAUUCCUGUUGACCGUUUCUACAUUGGCCCAGGCAGCCUCUGGAUACUGCUUCAGUCGGCGGUGCCCCUGCCGCGGGAGUCCCUCCUUCGCUUCGGGGAAGAUCUGUCGAAAUGCUUCCAGCAGUACGCCAAGACGUCCCUGCGCUGGCGCAGGGCCUCGCCCUUCAAACGUGCUCCACUACCCAGUGUGCCAGGCGACCGCGCAAGGCUAAAGGCACAUGUUCUAGGCAGAGCAAAUUACCAAGCAAGGCUGUGA